UUUAUGACUUCAAAAAUCUUUUACAAAGGUCAAGGUGUGGCUCAGUGGUAAAGGGGGUGUACACUGUACAGCAAUGGAGGGUCACUUUCCUUUUAUUCUGACAAUUUGUGCUGGCGCUAUUUCGUUAGCCCUUGGCAUUUGGAGCUCACUGAAGAAUGAAGUUAAACCAAUGACUCUAUCAGGCACAACUGUAUGUACCUUCCUUUACUUGAUUUUUAUUUAUGGUCAAAACAAUAAGGACUAUCUAGCUAUUCUUGUUGGAGGUUUCAUACUUACCUUUGCAUUCUCUUUCAUGUUCUACUUAAUCUCUCACAAAGCUUUUCAUUACUUCUCAAAGCAGUUCUCCUUUACAUGCUAUGUGAAUGGUGUACCAAUCUUGGUAAACCUACUUCCCUUGACAGCGACAUUAAGUGUCAGUUUGAGUGCAAUUUAUCAAUUAUAUAUUGGAACAUUACCAUUGCUACAAGUUCUUGUUGUGCUGCUAUUGUUUUGGAUUUAUCCUCUAGGAAUAAUAGAAGCAAUUAGCACUUUUUCAGAUUUCAUGACUCAAAAACAAUUUAAGCUAGAAUCUGGCAAAAACAAGACAUCAUAUCAAUGUUCAUUUAUUGCUUUCUUAGUAGCUUUUGCUGUGAUGCUACUGUAUCCAUUUAAUUGGCUGAUUUAUAAUAUCGCAGUCUUGGCCUAUGCCAUUCUAUUAUUGAAAUAUUAUUUUUUCCAUCAUACCCUACUAUGUCUUAGCCUAGUAACACUAAUAUCUCUUAUUGAUGCUGUCUUUCCUGUACAUGAAGUAGGUUUAGCACCAGUUGGCCUCAUCACCUGUUCUGAAAUUUUGUUUUCCACUCAUUGUGUGACUGCAUUUGAAAUAGAAUACUUGUUUGUUCCUGGACUUCUCAUUUCUUGUAUAUGUCAUUAUGAAAAAUAUCGUGUUCCAGAUCGACUGAAAAUAUUAAUAUCAUCAGAGAAGUCAAAGAUAAGAGUUGGCAUUCCUGAAAAUGAGGAGGAACUAGUACAAGAGAGACAAAAGAUAAUUCUUAUUGCAGCAUUCAUUGGCUACGUAUUGUCUUCGUUUGCUGUUUACUAUUUUUCAUUUCUUUCUAAAUGUCCAUUGCUCACUCUCACUAUAGGAACAAGUAUUCUACCACUGAUAGCAUUGAUGUUAUUGUACUGGCCUGAAGGUGAAUUAUUACAAUUCAUAAUGACUGAUAGUCAUCAAGAGAUAAUUGAUCAGUUGAGCCAUGCAUUUCAAAAAUCUAAAGGCUCUGAUCAGCCAAAACGAUCUAAAGGGCAAAGGUUCAAAAACGAUAUAGAAAUAGCAACCAAACGUUCACUCAGAUUGCCAUCACCAGAGUUGUCAUCAUCAAGCAUUACAGUCUCUACUGACAAUUCACAUGUAUUGAAAAUAUUUCGGCCCUUAAUGGCAGACUUUGCCAAUGCACUCGCACAUGAUCCUAUUAUUUAUCUGGUAUCAGAUAGGCUCUUCUCCCAUUCUCUUAUUUCUGCUCCUGUGCAUAAAGACAUAAAUACAACAUUAGGUGUAUCUCUGCAUAUAAAGGCCAGCAAACUUGUUAAUGAGGUGUACAGACAGUUGAAUAGUCAUAAUGAACCAGUCCAGUAUUUGACUGAUUUAUGUGAUGCACUUGAUCUUGUAGAAGAUCAACCACUGCAGUCUGUCGUUGCUAAUAAAAUUAAAAUGUUUUUGUCCAAUUAGAAAGUAAAAAAUUUUUGACUUAAUAUUUUUAUGUAUUGGUUACAUACGUCACAAUGGUGCAAUUAUAGUAGUCUAUAUGCAGAAAGUUUGUUCAAUAAGAUUUUGGUAAUAUUGGUGGUUGCGGUUUUGAAACUAAUAGUAGCAAGAGAUACAUGCACACAUGAUGAAUAAGGUACAGAGCUGGACUCAAUGAACUAUUCAUGAUACAUGUUUAUUAUGAUGUCAUGUCUCUCUCUAUAAUGUACAUUCACUUUAGAGAUCUACUCUAAUAGUGACUCAAAUCUGGAAAAAUACACCCUACUUCAUUGACAAAGCCACAUGAAUAUUAUCAUGAUCAUACUUAUAA